AUGGCUCCUGUUAGGUCUGAACCGAGGCAGAAAAAGCCUUAUGCUCGUCCUCGAGGGUCCGAUGGCCACUGGGUCCAUGACCGAGCUCCUCUGCAAUCAGCAAAGGCAAAUGCACCAGCCAACGCCGGUUCAUCCGCAAAGCUCAUCGUAUCCAACCUGCACUACGAGAUCACGCCUAAAGAUUUGGUGUCCAUUUUCGGACAAAUAGGCACGCUCGUUCGCGAGCCUUUGAUCAGGUACGACCGCAGCGGACGCUCAUCUGGUGUGGCAGUUGUGUUGUUCGAGACUCCCUUGCAAGCGACGCGUGCCAAGAGACAGUUUGAUGGCAAACUUGCCAAAGGACAACCUAUGGAAAUCGCAUUCGAUACUGCGCCUCUACGAACAUCCUCGCUCUUGAGUAGGAUUGAACGACCUUCAUUGGCAGAGCGUUUGGGUGGCAGUGCUGGAUCGAAACAGCAGGGAGGCGCCGGUCCGACUCGCGCACGCCCACCACGAACUCCAAGAGUUGCCUCGUCAUCGAAGAUAAAGGCUCCAAAGCCUACGCGAUCCAAAGCCCCAACAGCAGAGGAGCUUGAUCAAGAACUCGACUUUUUCAUGGCUGAUGACAAAGGUGUUGCAAAUACUGGAGCCAAGAAAACAGCUGCUACUGCAGAGGAUGUUGAGAUGGCGUAA